AUGUCUCCCACGAGCCAAUCGGCCUUUCAUACUGGCCUACAGUCCUACGACUGUCUGGACUCAACCUUACAAGAUUCAAGCUCCGACCUUGAUUCCUGCUCAGAUGAGUCCGAAGACGAAGACGAGCUUUCCAUGGUUAUACAAUCUCCUACCAAACUGGCCUACGAUAUCCACCGUCUUCCUCAAAAGGAGCAGGAUGCUGUGCGCGACGUCUUUGGCGAGCCGCCGGCUAUUGCGCUGCAGCAGUGCCGGCUCAUCGACAACACAUAUGCCUUUCAGAUGACUGAGCUCGUCACUCAGUCUGUCCGCAUUCGUGCCAAUGGCGACGGGUCAUCCUGUAUGACCUGCUCAUGUGGGCGCAACGAGGGAGAGGGCGACGCUGGAGAGCCCUGCUCGCACCUUUUCUGGCUCCUGGAUCGGCUCACGAAGCAGAUGCUCUACGACUAUGACGCCAGAACACCGCUGACCAUGACGCCGGCUGGCUUUGCCGAAGAGCUGGGUGAUCCGUUCACGGCCAUUGCGGAGCAUCACCUUGAUGUCCUGUCCUCCGGCUUGCACUGCCAGGUCAUUGACCCAGAGUCUAUCUAUGGGGACGAAGGAGACCUCGCUUCCCACCGCGUGCAAGAAUCACGCGAGCUCCUGGCUGCCGUCUAUGGGAUGAGUCCAGACGACUUCCGGCCGGACCUCUGUGAACAACGGCUGCUCGGGAAGAAGAAGGUGGUGAAGCGCAACGAUCUGGACUGCACCGUGCUCCGCAUGCUUCUCGACAACCCUCAUUUCUUCAGAUACUUUCAGUCGGCGGUAUCCCGGCCGCAAGAUGCCGUCAGUGACGCCCUCAGGAAGCUCUCACAGAGGGUCGACCGUGUGCUGCGCAGAUUCGACGCGUAUGCCGCCGAUGCCGCCUGCGCGGAGAGACGCUCGGCAGAGACGCUCCCCGACGUCUCCUGGGCGGCAAAGCACAUCAACGGGUGCAUCAAGCUCAUCAGAAACUGCAUCUUCACCCGCAACAGGCCUCUUCAGCCUAGCGAGGAGGAUGCCGCCGCUCGCACGCUGGUGCACAUUCUUUCUGCCGUUGUCUCCCGCAACCACGACGUUUUCCGCACGGAGCGGAACCUGUAUCUGCGCCUUAUAGGAGACGCAGACAGGGACGCAGACUUUGUUCUCGCGGAACUAGGUCUCAUUCCCGAGGCGGCGAGCCAGCACUUACACACGCUGGAGGCCAUCUUCGAGGAUAUCGGGAGUCACGGUGCUCCAGUGGGGUACUUUGAAAAGUUCAAGGCGCUGCUGGGGAGGUUGAGGGGGACUAGGAGGAGGAGCAGCGGUGGGUUGAAGAGGCAAGGCGAUGACGAGGACGAUGGCGGUGCUUUCAGGGAGUCGAAGAGGAUGAAGUAG